CCCUACUAAGAUUUCUAAAAACCUUGGGUCCUCAUCGCCGCCCAUCACUCUGGUGCAAGGGUUUCAAAGCUUUUGCCUCCAGCUGCAGUAUUGUCAUCUAUCCGUGACGUCCCUGGACGUCUUAAACUCACAAUCAUCUGACGAUACAUCUACCUUCGCCUGGUGAACUCUUGGCAGUUUUCUUGGAAACCGGCUCAGGAUGCCAGAGCCCGAAAAGAAAGAUGAGACUCCAAACGGCCAACCAGAGGAAAGUGUUGCCCCAGACAGUAACGGUGUCCCAACCCAACCUGAGAUUUCCCUGGAGGUUUCUCCACCCCCAGAGGCGGUAGCAGAGGGGAAAGAGCCAGUAGAGACUGAUGGGAAGAAACCCCAGCCGCCAGGGCCUGAGCCGUUACAGGCUGUGGUUGCUCAGGAGCCAAACCGCCUCGACAAUCAUUCACACCCACUAGAGCCUAGUGGCGUUGGGGUGAAAGAGCAAGCAGAGUCUGCUAACUCCUCCGUAAAGGAAGAGGGCACUUGUCCCCCCCCACAACCCGAUGAUGAUAAAGCUGCAGCCACUACCCCGUCCCCAACACCCCCAGCAGAGGAUGGCAAGAAACUCUCAAUUGACCUGCCUAAUGAUAGCGCCCCUGUGCCAGCCACGGGGAGAAAAGACUCAGUGUGGUCUCUGGGAGACGGCCAGGCCCCAGAGGAGGUGGAGAAGCCAGUCGACGCCCCACCGACCUCCACCCUGCUGAUUGAGAGGCCUCAGAGUGGAAGCGUCCCUGUGGGUGGUGACAUCUCCUUUGUGGCCAAGGUAGAAGCCAAAGAUCUUCUCCGAAAACCCACUAUCAAAUGGUUCAAAGGGAAAUGGAUGGACCUGGCCAGCAAAACUGGAAAGCACCUGCAGCUUAAGGAGACCUUUGAACGCCAGACCAAGAUCCACACUUUUGAGAUGCACAUCAUCAAAGCCAAGGACAACUAUGCCGGGAAUUACAGGUGUGAAGUGAGCUACAAGGACAAAUUUGACAGCUGUUCCUUUGACUUGGAGAUUAAAGAAUUGGACACGAGCUCACAGUCUCUUGAUAUCCGAUCAGCUUUCAAAAGAAGGGAGCACAAACAGCAGGAUGAGGGUCCAGACGUGGACGUGUGGGAGAUCCUGAAGGGCGCCCGUCCAGACCAGUAUGAGAAAAUUGCUUUUGAAUACGGCAUCACAGAUCUGAGAGGUCUGCUGAAGAGGAUGAAAAAGAUGCCUAAAGAAGUGAAGAAGAGUGCAGCGUUUGCAAAGACGCUGGACCCUGCGUAUCAGGUGGACAAAGGUGGAAAGAUCCGCAUGGUAGUGGAUCUGGCCGACCCUACAGUUGAGCUGAAGUGGUACAAGAACGGACAGGAAAUCAGGCCCUCUCCCAAGUAUAUUUUUGAGCACAAGGGCACACAAAGGAUUAUGGUCAUCAACAACUGCAGCAGCAACGAUGACGCCUGCUACUCAGUAGUCGCGGGGGAUGAAAAAUGCGCCACAGAGCUCUUUGUCAAAGAUUUACCAGUUAAGAUUGUUAAAGGUCUUGAACCUGUGAAGACCACGGUGAAUGAGAAGAUUGAGCUGGAGUGUGAGGUGUCAGAGGAAGGAGCUCAAGUCAAAUGGCUUAAGAACGGUGUUGAAGUUCCAACGGGGGUUCGCUCGAGGUACCGAGUUAAGUGUGAGGGAACCAAACACUUCCUGGUCAUUGAUGAUGCCUCCAAAGAGGACACUGGGACUUAUUCCAUCAUGGCCAGUGGAGGCACAUCUGAGGCGAAAGUUGAAGUUGAAUUGAAACCCUUGAAGAUUCACAUGAAGCUGGACGACUGCACUGUGAAGCUAGGAGAACCCAUCAAGCUUCACUGUGAGAUCUUUCCAGGAAACGUGCCGGGCCGUUGGUACAGGAACGGACAGCUUAUCCAGGAAAACGAUCGUAUCAAAAUCAUACACAGGGCUAAGGUUCACCGUUUGGAGAUUGCAGCCAGCACCCUCCACGAUGCCGGAGAUUACAUUUUUGUACCUGAGGGAUAUACAGAGAACCUACCUGCCAAAAUCCACGUCAUUGACCCUCCAAGACUACAUUUGGAAACCUUGAACUUCCCUGACAACACAGUGACAAUAGUGGCCGGAAACAAACUUCGCUUGGAGAUCCCUAUCAGUGGAGAACCAGUACCCCGGGUUGUUUGGAUGAAGGGAGAGAGGGUGAUUCUUGAUUCAGGCCAACGUGUCAGAGCUGAAACAUACGGCGACCAAACGAGCCUCACGAUUGAGGUCACAGAGCGGGAGGACACAGGCAACUACAAGAUAGUCUUGCAGAAUGAAGCUGGUGAAGCCACGGCCAGCCUCAAAAUCAAAGUUGUCGACAUUCCUGACCCUCCGGAGGCCCCACUGGUCCCAGUCGUGGGCGGUGACUGGUGUUCCAUGACAUGGGAACCACCAAAAUAUGACGGAGCGUCACCAAUAUUAGGCUAUUACAUCGAGAGGAAAAAGAAACAGAGCUCCAGAUGGAUGAGGCUGAACUUUGAUCUGACUAAAGAAACCUCGUUUGAACCCAAGAAGAUGAUUGAAGGAGUGCCAUACGAAGUGCGGAUCUUUGCCGUCAAUGCGAUCGGUGUAUCCAAACCCAGCGAACCCUCCAAAGCCUUCACUCCCCUUGCUGUGACCAGUGAGCCAACCAUGCUGGUUGUGGAUGAUGUCACUGACACCACAGUGACUGUGAAGUGGCGUCCUCCCGAAACCAUCGGAGCUGCCGGGCUGGACGGAUACUUGGUGGAGUACUGUAUAGAAGGAAGUGAUGAUUGGCAAGUAUCAAACAAGGAGCUGACUGAGAAAACCAAGUACACCAUUACCGGAUUGCCACCUGAGUGUAAAAUCCUUGUUCGGGUCCGAGCCAUCAAUGCGGCCGGAGCCAGCCCUCCACGGACUCUGCAGCACGCUGUUCUGGUCAAAGAGGUUGUUGAACAACCCAAGAUCCGUGUCCCGCGGCACCUGAAACAGACGUACACCCGUAGAGUUGGAGAAGCUGUCAACCUCGUGGUUCCUUUUAUGGGCAAACCUCGGCCAAAGGUGAACUGGUCGAAGGACGGCAACCCCAUAGAGCCCACCCACGUCAGCAUCCGCAACACCGACUGCGACAGCAUCAUCUUCAUCCGCAAAGCAGAGCGCAGCCACUCAGGGAAGUAUGACAUGUCAGUACAAGUUGAAAACCAUGUGGACUCAGCCGUCAUCGACAUACAAAUUGUAGAUCUACCUGGACCUCCACACACUGUGACUAUUGACGACGUGUGGGGAACAAAUGUAGCUCUGGUCUGGACCCCCCCGAAAGACAACGGGAACGCUCCAAUUACAGGCUACACUAUUCAAAAAGCCGACAAGAAGACAAUGGAAUGGUUCACGUGCAUUGAGCAUUACCAUCGCUGCUCCAUCACCAUCACAGACCUGGUGGUUGGGAACGAGUACUUCUUCAGGAUCUACUCUGAGAACUUGUGCGGUCUGAGCGAAAACGCCACGCAGACCAAGAACAGCGCUCUCAUCGAAAAAGAAGGGAGUUUCCCACAUGAUACCGCUCAGAGUCAGCACAAGUAUCAUGCAAAACCCCGUUCCUUUACCCUUACCCCCCGUUCCUUUACCCUUACCCCAACAGGCUUGCAGGUGAAGACGCCAGAGUACAAUGACCGCGACGUAAGGGAGGCGCCAAAGUUCACACAGCCGCUUAUCAACACUUUUGCUGUCGCCGGCUACAAUGCUACUCUGAACUGCAGUUUCCGUGCAUACCCAAGGGCCAAAGUGACCUGGAUGAAGAAUAAGAUGACCAUCCUCGACGACCCGCGCUAUCGUAUGUUUAGCAACCAGGGAGUCUGCACUCUAGAGAUCAGGAAGCCCAGUCCCUUUGACGGCGGAGUGUACACCUGCAAGGCUGUCAACGACUUGGGAGAAGCCCAAGUGGACUGCAAGCUAGAGGUCAAAGGCGGCUACACCUUCUGUGAGCUCAUGCAACGCGGGGUGCCCCUACACCUGAUUGAUAAGUACAUGAACGAGACACAAGUUGUUGAGCAAGAGAAGCAAAAACUGAACACGAUGCAAUGAGACACUUUGGAAGACAUCAGCAGCCGUUAGCGACCUCCUCUUAUAUUCUGGGGUCAGCUGAUUGAUGCCGAGCGGAGGAAGAGGGGGCAGGGAUGCGGGGGAUAGCGUACCGGUCUGUGGUGUGGCGUGCUGUGUGCCGGUUUGGAGCUUGUUACCAUAGAAAAAUACCAGGUCAUCUUCUUUGUCACCCUGUUUGGUUUGAGAGACCCUGUGUCCAGCUCAGAUGCAUGUCAGCAGUGUUUGGUUUCUGGCUUUAAUAAGGACAUGUCGUGUGUAAAAAUUAAAAAAAAAUAUAUAUAUACAAAACACAUAAGCACAAACGGUGACUCACAGCUACAGUAUUACCAUGUGGAUUUUUGUUGGGAGUGUUUGCUGAAGGUGACAGUGGUCUGGUAAAUGGAAAUGGGAAUGUAUGAACUAAAACUUGAUGUUGUUAUGGUGCCUAUGUACUUCUGUAAGGCAAGAAAAAAAAAGACCAUACACCUGUGUGAUGUUGGGAAAAAAUAAAAGAAUGCAUUGAUGCGUCAGUUUGAAUUUACUAUUUCACUUUUUCUGUCUGUUGUGUCUGAGAGCCAAUAAAAUGAAAAAGGUUAAUGCCCAACCCAUAUUCUAGAUUACACAUUAUGAUUUUUAGAUUCAUGCUGGACUGAGGUUUGAUCCUGUCUCAAUCAUAAAGUGCAUGCCUUUACCUUUGUAAUUAUGA